AUGUUCGCCGCGCGCGGGCGACGCGCGGUGUCGCGCGUGAGGUCCUACGCCACGGCGUCGGGAUUGAACAAGAAGACGCUCAUUGAUGCGGUGGCGGCGGAGACGGGAGAGACGAAGGCGAGCGUCGGUCGAGUGCUGAACGCGUGCUUUGACGUCAUCGGCGCCACGGUGCAGAGCGGCGACAAGGUGGCCAUCUCCAAGUUCGGCACGUUCGCGCGAAAGACGCGCGCGGCGCGAGACGGGAGAAACCCGAUGACGGGAGCGCCGUUGAAGAUUCCGGCGACGGACUACCCGUCGUUCAGCGCGAGCUCGACGUGGAAGGACGCCGUCGCGGGCAAGAAGUGA